UAUAUCAAAAUCAAAUGGUGUCGUACAGAGUACUCGCGAGAAAAUCCACAAGCGCCCCCACGCGGCACACAUUGAAAACACCUAUAACUAGAUCCAAGGUGGACUGAUUAAAAUCUCUGUUUUUUCCAAACGCGAUAUAUUUUAGAGAAAUGUCUUAUCAAUUGUAUAGGAAUACGACAUUGGGAAACACGCUGCAGGAAAGUCUCGACGAAUUGAUACAGUAUGGACAAAUAACACCAGGACUUGCAAUAAAAGUUUUGCUACAGUUCGACAAGGCUAUUAAUCAAGCUCUCGCGACGAGAGUUAAGUCGAGACUCACUUUUAAGGCAGGCAGAUUGAAUACAUACAGAUUUUGUGAUAACGUCUGGACCUUUAUGCUGAAUGAUGUGGAAUUUCGUGAAGUUCAGGAGGUAGCAAUGGUAGAUAAAGUAAAAAUUGUUGCCUGCGAUGGAAAAACAUUGGAUGCUGAUGCGGUAGCAAAGCGAUAACAAAUCCAGCAUUUUGCAGGAUUUUUAGAAUCACACGUGCGAAAGAAGCUUUUAUUAUAUUGCGAACUAAAAAUAACAGACAGAUUUUCAUGAUAAGUGAUGAAACAGGAGUACACUACAUGUAAAGAUAGAUAUACAUUUCUCAUUACUUCCCUAUGAAUAUGUGGUAUGUGUUAUCAGCUGUCAAGUAAUGUGUCGAGUCUUAAAAAAUUCUACACCAUUUUUCUAACCGUUCGCAUUAAGCAAACUGAAAUAUCUUCCUAUUUGCCUAUUUUCUUAUACUCUUUAAAUAUAUACAUACCAAAAAAACGUAUCAAAGUAUUUUAAUUAGAACAUGUAUAAAGGAUGUAAUACGCGUCGUUAAAAAUUUUGAACUUUCUGAAUACACUUUUAAGAGGGGCAUUAUAUUAUUGUCAUUACACAACAAAAUGGAAUAAAACUAAUAAUAACUG